AUGUAUCACUCUCUCUCUCUCUCUCUCUCUCUCUCUCUCUAUUUCUUGAAUUGUGUAACUCGUACUUUUUAUUUGGAAUGUAUCUCUCUCUCUCUGUCUAUCUCUCUUUCUCCUAGUUGUGUACCUAGUAGAUUUUAUUGGGAAUGUAUCAUUCUCUCUCUCUUUCUUGAGUUGUGUACCUGGUACUUUUUAUUGGGAAUGUAUCAAUCUCUGUCUCGCACUCUCUCUCUUUCUCUCUUCCUUGAGUUGUGUACCUGGUACUUUUCAUUGGGAAAGUAUCUCUCUCUCUCUCUCUCUCUCUCUCUCUCUCUCUGUCUCUCAUUGAGUUGUGUACCUGUUGUGUACCUGGCACUUUUUAUUGGGAAUAUACAACUCUCUCUAUCUCUCUUUCUUGAGUUGUGUACCUGUUACAUUUUAUUGAGAAUGUAUCUCUCUCUCUCGCUCUCUCUCUCUCUCUCUCUCUCUCUCUCUCUCACUUACUUGAGUUGUGUACCUGGUACUUUUUAUUGGGAAAAUCUCUCUCUCUCUCUCUCUCUCUCUCUCUCUUUCUUGAGUUGUGUACCUGUUGUGUACCUGGUACUUUUUUAUUGGAAUUCUCUCUCUCUCUCUCUCUCUAUCUCUCUCUCUCUCUAUCUCUUUCUUAUUGAGUUGUGUACGUUUGGUUUCUUGAGUUGGGAAUGCAACUCUCUCUCUCUUUCUCUCUCUCUCUUUCUCUCUCUUGAGUUGUGUACCUUGUACUUUUUUUUAUUGGGAAUGUCUCUCUUUCUUCUCUCUCUCUUUGUCCUUUUCUUGUCCUCUUUACUUUUUUAUCUUUGGAAUGUGCUUUUUAUUGGAAUCUCUGUCAUUCUUUCUCUCUCUCUCUCUCUUGAAUUGUGUAUCUGGUACUAUUUUUUGGGGGAAUGGAUAUCUCUCUCUCUCUUUCUAACACUUCUUGAUUUGUUUCAAUUUCACCAAUUUUAUUGGGAAUGUAUUCUCUCUCUCUCUCUCUCCCUCUCCCUUUUUCUUGAGUUGUGUACCACCUGGUACUUUUAUUGGGAAUCAACUCUCUCUCUCUCUCUCUCUCUCUUUUUCAGAAUGUAUCUUUCUCUCUCUCUCUCUCUCUCUCUCUCUCACUCUCUCUCUUUCUUGAGUUGUGUACCUGGUACUUUUUAUUGGGAAUGUAUCUCUCUCUCUCUCUCUUUUUCUUGA